ACAGAUGCUCGAGGGAACGUUGCGGGCGUACAGUGGAAUGCGCCCAGAAUUGCAAUUCAAUAUCCAAUAUGUCGUUGUAACCAUUUAUUCAUAAGAUUCGGAUUCUCGAGCGAAACAAACUCGAGUUGAUGUGACUCUUGAAAAGUGCAUAAUUUGUAUGAACGUUUCGUUCGAAUGCCGUCGAUCGUUAUUUAAUUGAUGUUUAAUCGUGAAAAAUAAAUAACUGAAACGCGAGAGAGAAACGAUAAGAUCGAGGCAACAUGAUGCAAUUUAUGUUACUGUUCAGCCGUCAAGGAAAGCUCCGCUUACAAAAGUGGUAUGUCGCUCAUCCAGAUAAACUGAAAAAGAAGAUCACACGCGAACUAAUAACCACGAUACUCGCACGAAAGCCAAAAAUGUCAAGUUUCUUAGAAUGGAAGGACGUUAAAGUCGUCUAUAAGAGAUAUGCAAGCUUGUACUUUUGUUGCGCAAUUGAGCAAAAUGAUAAUGAAUUACUAACUUUGGAAAUUAUACAUCGAUAUGUUGAAUUAUUGGAUAAGUAUUUUGGCAGUGUAUGCGAGUUGGACAUAAUUUUCAAUUUUGAAAAGGCAUACUUUAUCUUAGACGAAUUACUUGUCGGUGGAGAAAUUCAAGAAACUAGCAAAAAGAAUGUAUUGAAAGCUAUUGCUGCCCAGGAUCUGCUACAGGAGGAGGAGACUCCUCAGGGAUUUUUCGAGGAUCACGGAUUGGGAUAAUAUUCUUUAAAAAGACAAUAUAUUGGCAUACUUUGUCGUAAGUUUAUACAUUCCCACAAUUAUGUUUUAUUCCAUUUCAUAUUUACAUCAUAUGAUUCAUAUUUGUUGUUUCAAGAAAUGCAAAGUUUAAAAAAAGGCUAUAUGAAUGUUUUGCGUGCAGAUACAUAUAUACAGUUAUCAAGUUUAUUAUUUUCACAAUUGUCAUCAGCAAUAGAAAUCCGAGAGAGGUUUUAAUAUUUUUUCAGUUAGGAGUUUCUUUGAUUUUAAGUAUUUAUAUAUCUCUCUAAGCGACAUUCCAUAAUUGUACACGAUUUGAAAAUCUCUAGACUCUAUUUAUUGAGUGAAAAAAUGAAUAGUUUAUCAACCUAACAACAUUUUCAAAUUUUCUGUCUUCAUAUCCCAUUUUUUGUUCCUCUUCUUGCACGUAACGGGAGAAACUUUUUAUGAGAAUUCUAUAUAAUGAUACGAAAUGUUAUGAGAAGAUAAAAUUACAUAUUAUUACAUAAAAGAUAGCGUUUUCAUAUAAAGAGUUUUUAAGACAAUUUAUUUAUACAUAAUCACUCUUCUUACGAGAUACAAAAUGUGUUGUUAAUUAAAUAUCGUACAUUCUGUAUCUGUAUUACAUAAUAUAUCGUUAAUAAAAUCUCGGAUGUGUUUUCUUAAAUUUGAAAUAUAGAUAUGCUACAAUAAGAGUAUCUGCACACAUUUUUAAUCAAUUAGAAAACGAAGUCGGAUAUAUGUAAUCUGUAAUAAUAAGGAUAUACUCUAGUUAAAAAGUAGACUGUGACGGAAAAAAAGAUGGGAAUCGGUAGUUGACGUGUAUUCUUUAACGAUGAUAAGGGCUUUUCGUUAGCGAAUGUUAAAAUUAGAAAGAAAUUUAAAAAAUUACAGAGUUACGAAGAAAGUAUUAAAAUACAAAUAAGAAUCAUAAAUUUAACUUACAUAAAUUACGUUAAUUGCACUUUGGCUCAAACUGAAUAAAUUUCUCUCUAUGUACGAUUUAAUUCUUCUAAUCUAUAUCGCGUUAUUAUUAUGCAGUCAUCUAUGUCAAUUUAUAAAACCAUACAGCAUAUUUUUCAAUAUCAUAUUUCGAUAUAAUUGCUAAGAUAUUUUUCUAAACGGACCCGUUCAACAAUGCGAGCUUAUAAGUUGUCGAUCUUAAAUUUAUCAGAUAGGAUUAAAUUUAUCGGUUAAAAUUUCGCUAAAAGAAAAGAUGGCAUGUCU